AUAUGCCUUGUUUUGUUAGCUUUGUGUAUUCCAUCGUUUAUCUUUAUUUCAUUCGUUCUACUCAAUUGGAGAAUUUAAUUUUUUUCCAUUAGUAAGGCAAAGCUGCUUAUUACAUUUUAGUUUUUAGCAGAGAUAAGGUUUUUAGGGACAUAUUGUAAUAAUUCAUAGCUAUGUGUAAAAUCCAAACUUGCAGUUAAAUAAAAAGGUUGCAUAUGUGUAUUUUGAGCAAAUAUAAGUGAUCGUGAAUUCAAAUUGUUUUUGCCUUCAAUUAAAUACCAACCAGAUGUUUGUUAAUAAUUAGCGAAUAAAUACUUAUUCCACAAAAAAUACAAAUUCCACAAAUUAUAUUAGUUAUGGAAAAUGCCAACGAAAGUUUUGUGAAUAGUGAAGCUGCGGAAAUGAAUAUGUAACGAGACUGAAAAAAUAUAUGUUUACUCUUAGUUUGGCUUGUAUUCUAUUUUUAAACAUUAGUUAUUAUUAUCGACUGGCCAAAGAUAUAUGAUAAAUAUACGAUUAAAAAAGUGCAAGCCAGUUGCUCUUGGCCCAUUACACUACUGCAAACCUGCAGGUUUUGAGUAGACAGCUAAUAAAUCAAGGUACAUAAGGUUCAAGCGUAGACAUAGCAAUAAAUGCAUUUUAUUGACUACGUUUUUAACAACAACAAAGUUUAUCUUCGCAAUACACGAUUGCAAUAUCCAGUUUUCCCAUUCUUCUAGCAGCUUAAUAGCCUUCUCUCUGUCGCAGAAACAAGCUUCAGAAAGCAGCUGUUGCCUUUGCUGGCCAACGUUCUUCAUUGUUUACCUCUGCAUAAAUACAACUCAUAUAUGUAAACAUCUAUGUACAUUCAGAUAAUUGUUUAAAAAAGACGAUGACUUCUGCAGUAAACAGUGACACAUUUGCUGCUACUUCAAGUUCGAUCUUUAGUUUCUCCAGUACAAUUCCAGAAACUGAGUGGUUAGAGGACCUGUUGCACGAGGUACAACUUGAGCAAUUCCUCGAACGUAUACGCGAUGAUUUGCAAGUAACCCGAUUGGCCCAUUUCGACUAUGUGCUACCGGAGGAUCUCGAACGGUGUGGUUUGGGUAAACCCGCAGUACGCAGACUUAUGGAGGCGGUGAGGAAGAAAAAAGCACAUCAAUGGCGUAAAAAUAUACUCUCAAAACUGAUUGGAGGUGGAAAGCAACCGUCAUCGAAAAAGUCACAACAAGCUGUUAAUAAGGAACAUCAAAACACUCAACUUACUUGUCUUAUACACGAAAAAGAUAUUACACUUGGCAUCAAAUUGGGUGAUGGCUCUUUCGGAGUGGUGAGGCGUGGAGAAUGGCACUCCGUCCCAAAUGGAAAAGUAAUGUCCGUUGCUGUAAAGGUGCUAAAAUCGGAUAAUCUCACGCAGCCGGGAAUAAUUGGUGAUUUCUUCCGUGAGGUGCAGGCAAUGCAUGCUUUGGAUCAUUCGAAUUUGGUACGAUUGUACGGUGUUGUACUAUCCCAGCCAAUGAUGAUGAUCACUGAAUUAGCGGAACGUGGUUCGCUGUUGGAUACAUUACGUAAACAGUGCAAACAUACACCGUUAACUAAUAUAUGGAAUUGGUCGGUACAAAUUGUCACCGGUAUGGCGUACUUAGAACACAAACGCUUUCUGCAUCGAGAUUUGGCAUGUAGAAAUGUGUUACUUGCUUCCGGUAACAAAAUUAAGAUCGGCGACUUUGGUCUCAUGCGAGCACUUCCGCAAGAGGAUGAUUGCUAUGUGAUGUCUGAACACAAAAAGGUACCCUUUCCGUGGUGCGCACCAGAAUCCUUACGUUUCCGGCAAUUUUCACAUGCCUCAGAUACUUGGAUGUUUGGCGUAACGCUCUGGGAAAUGUUCACAUUCGGUGAAGAUCCAUGGGUUGGACUAAAUGGAUCUCAAAUAUUACGAAAAAUUGAUAGAGAAGGUGAACGUUUGCAUCAACCAGAUGCUUGCCCCCCAGAUGUAUAUGAAAUGAUGUUACAAUGUUGGGAUAAAGUACCUGCAGAACGUCCAACGUUCGCUGCGUUGAAGGAAUUCUUAGUAGGUAUGUCGCCGCCUUUAUAUAAAGCAGCACGUUCUUAUCGUGAGGAGAAUCGGCUGCAGAUCGAUGCUGGUGAUACUUUGGCAAUUAUUGAUGGUCGCGCUGACUUGAAGUUUAUUAAAGGUCAAAACCAACGUACAUUUGAUAUUGGAGUUUUCCCGCGCAGUACAUUGGAGAAGCAAAAGCACACAAACAGCGAUCUAAUUCAACCGAUGCAUGAGAGCAUUCGUCAAAGCGGUGGACAUUCUGGUUCACCCUUCGGAUUUUGUUGGGGUGGAGCUGGUGCGAUGAGUGCUAGUGCCGAAAUGCAAUCAGAGAGAAAUCGUAAAUGUGCCUCAAUGCAAACACACAUGCUACCACCUGCGCAUCAUGCCAAAGAACGGAAAUCAGUAUCUAGUAAACAGUUUGCAUACAAUAAAUUGGUCAACGAGCGCACCGCUGAACUGCAGCGAAAUCAAUCAGUGCAGUUCGCAAAAGGAAAGGGAGUUAAUAACAUCAAACAAGUCCCUCAGCGCCCACCUCCACCGCAACAACAGCAAAUAGAGGGUAUACUGAUUGACAUUUCACCAGAGUUUGGUCCGCCUGCAACUUCCAUAAGCUGUGAUGAAAGCGGGUCUAUAAAAAUAAGUAACUCCUUGUGUUUAUUGGACGCACCAAUAGAUAUCCCAACCGAGGGAGAGGAGUACGUAGCAGCCCCGUUUACUUACAGCAGUGCCUCAGCACAACAAACCUUUUUAGCUGGAACUUCGCCGUUGGGACAACGACUUCAACCGCCGCCUUAUCAGAUGCCACCCACUUAUUCGAACACCAUUGAAUUCACACAACAACAACAAUCAAUGCAACAUCGUGACCCAUUUGAUACUAGUAGUGUGCAUAUGAAUUACGAAAAAGAUACAGGAAAUGGUGUGAAUACAAAUAAUGCCGUGUACACGAAUGUGGGUCAUCCGCCGUACCAGGUUCAACAGUCAAUAUUGCGCGCAAAUUCAAUACAGUCAUUAUAUAACAAUCCUUCAGCAAGAAAAAGCCUUUUUUCGACAACAUCAAGUUGUUCUGGCAAUAAAGAAAAUGUUCCACAUUCGCUUGCCAUGGAAAAUCAAAACAAUGUGAUCUCAGAAAGUGAAGAUGCGCUCCAAACAAGCUUGUCUUCCCUCAGCCUAGAAAAGCUAAAGACAGAAUCUUCCACAGAGAGUAAUGUUUUGCUGGACAAAUCUUUUAUUGCUGAACUAGAGAAGGAUAUGUACAGCAGUAAGGGUCAAAAUGAUUACGAACGCAAUUCCAUUCAAAUGUAUACGAGUAAGGAAAAUGUGUACAAACAAAAUUUGACGCCUUUAAAAAAUUCAACCAGUCUUUCGAACUCAACAAAUGCAUCAAGCAACGGAGUUUCUCCUAAACUGCAAAAUCUCGGAACAUACAACCAACUACAAUACUCAAAUGCAGCUGUCACUGAAGCACCGAAAAGUCUUAAUGGUCAGCAUAAACAAAAUAACCUAGAGGCUGCUGGAACAAAUCCCACCACAAGUAGUGAGGAGAGAACGGAAGGUUUUACUGAAAACACCCAAGAUGUUAUUAAUCGAAUAUGGUAUGAGCGUGUCAAUGGAAUUUCAACGUCUGCAACUUAUUACUCUCAACCUCCCGAAAAUACAUACCAAAAUCAGAGUAAUUACUCAGAUCGAUAUGGUAGCGCAAUAAAUAGCAAAGAGUCAAACCAUAGCUUCGUGGCGAUUUCAAAUAGAGUUGUGCCGCAAACAACACAGGGUAAUAAAAUAUAUGGAUCUGCGGCUUCUCUGUAUGGUAGUGUUAGUGGGCGCGAGUUAUAUGACGCUGUAGCUCCGACACCCUCAACUUAUUAUGGUCAAAUACCUUUGAACGCUAUUGAUACUGACAAUGGUAUUUUUACUAGCGGAUUAACUACAGCAUCUGCAGCGCCCGCUGCCAUUUACGACGAAGUAACGCUCGACGACUAUUUACGUCCACAUCGACCAGCUCCGUUAGCUCCACCACUACUUUCGGCGCAGCAAAUACAACGUCGUCUUGAGAAGCUAAAGCAGCAACAGGAGAAUGGAGGUGGGAAUUUAUAUGCACCUGUUCCAUCCGAAGCCGCAAAGGAAAAUGAAAAAAUGCAGCAAAUACUUAAAGAUUUAGGUUCAGCAGCACAGGAAGUUGACGUGCGUAAUGCUUUAAGAGCAGCUAACGGUGAUGCAAAUGUCGCAAUACGACUCUACAAAAUUGACCAACUCACCAGGUGUGUUAAUUCAAGUAUCUAAAAUAAAUAUAUAAAUGACUCGGCCUUGCCAAUCGUCCCCAGUGUGAACAGGCGUUACAAAAAACCGGUUGGAGCUUGGAGCUUGCAGCUGCUGUGUUAUUAGAAAGUACUUCAUAGAAGAUUUACAAAUACUGAAAUUUCUUAUCCAUAAUACCACAAUUCAUCAUUCCGAAUCACAUCACAUUUUCUUUUGACCAAAAUUGCAUGACUAUAUUUUUUUAUAAUACAGCUCAUGUAUUAAAACUUUAAAUAUUAUAUUUAAAAAGUAACUUUGUAAUCAUCGAAUAUAGAAAACAUAAGAUGUUUUGGAUUAUUUCAUUAGCCGUCCUACUUUUGGAACAAAAAACGUUGAUAUUCAAAAUACCUGAUAUUAAAACUUUAGAAUCAAUAAAUUUAUUUAGAGCGUAAAGCAUUUUAUUUACGACUCACAUACAUACUAUAAAAUAUAAUAAAAACACAGAUAAAUGAAUUAAACCAAAAUUCCAACAUACCCAUGUCAACUAGAUAAGCCUUCAAAAUAUUAUAUACGUAGUAUAUUGAAUCCCAUGAAAGAAUCAACACAUGUGUAGAUAUAUUUUUAUGUAAACGAAUAAAAGUAUGGAACUUGUUAAAUGCA